GCCGUCAUCCGCACAGGGCCCCGCAAAGGCUGGGACCGCUCCUGUCAGAUGAUAAAACAUAGUGAAAACCUGACCGACACAUUCUCGCUGCUGUCCCCGUCACCACCGACUCUGAUGACCGCCCCUGCUGCCAGUGUCCCCGCUCGUCGCUUCCCUCCUCUGGGACCGUGAGUAUGCGGAACUCCCUGCGGACUGACGGUGCUGUCGAAGGGGAUGUUGUGAAGGAGGCAGGUCGGAACUGACCGAAGCAGCGGAGCGGAGAGGCGGACCCACACACAUACACACACCUCCCAUCAGUCACACCUCUCUCUGCCCGCCGGACACACGGACGCAGCUCGCCCCUCAACCCGACCUCCACACCGUAUGCUACACCGCGGGCUUCACGAGAAACGGCCGAAUCCAAGACACCCCGCGCGGCCUCUCUCCCUCCGUGACCGAGCAGGACACCCUCCGCCCAGGCCGUCAUCAGCAGCUGGCUCCGCAGCGAGCGCUAGCGGCUAACCGGCUAACGCAGCCAGGUCUGACUAAGUCGUUUCUUUGGAUCAACAUAAUGACGAGGGAGUCGCAGCGGUUCAACUAUACGCUUCAACUUUCCCAGUUGUGAUGGAGACACAACACUGACUCAAGACAGAACACAUAUCCUGGAUGCCCUGACAAACAGGACGGGUUCAAUCCAAGAUGGAGAAAAAGAAAAUGUGCCCUCGCCUGCUCGACUACUUGGUCGUAGUUGGAGCAAGGCAACCUAGCAGUGACAGUGUGGCCCAGACACCUCAGCUCCUUCGCCGCUACCCGCUGGAGGACCACCCUGACUUCCCACUCCCACCAGAUGUGGUGUUCUUCUGCCAACCGGAGGGCUGCCUUAGCAUCCGGCAGCGCAGGGUUAGCCUCCGUGACGACUCCUCGUUUGUUUUCACUCUUACCGACAAAGACUCAGGAACCACCCGCUAUGGAAUCUGCAUCAACUUCUACCGCUCUUUUCAGCGAGGGCAUCACCGCGCCCGUGGGGACAAGGGCAGCCACUCAGACACAGCCGCACAGGCAGCAGACACCGCUAGUGAAGGGUCUGAUGGAAGUGUCGGAGGCUCAUCCUCCGGGUUAGCUCCACCUCAUAAUGCUGAGUCCGGAGCUCCGCCGGCCUCCGGAGAAGAAGGCAGAAAACCGGGUACCGAGCAAAAUGCCAGCAAAUCCCCACAGCACAGACGAAGCGCUGCUAAGAUGGCGGCCAGGAACCGCAACAGCACGCUGACCUCGCUGUGCAUCCUCAGCCACUACCCAUUCUUCUCCACCUUCAGGGAAUGCCUAUAUAUUCUGAAGAGGCUGGUGGACUGCUGCAGUCAGAGGCUUACGCAGCGGGCUGGGCUCCCUCGUGCCACCCAGAGGGACACCAUGUGGCGGGUGUUCACUGGGGCGCUGACGGUGGAAGAGAAAGGCAGCCAGCUGCUGGCCGACUUGCGGGAGAUUGAAUCCUGGAUGUACCGGUUGCUGCGUUCACCAGUCCCCGUGCCCGGUCAGAGACGUGUGGACGUGGAAGUGUUGCCCCAUGAACUCAAACGGCCGUUCAACUUCGCCCUUCCUGACAACUCCCGCUUCUCAAUGGUCGACUUCCCCCUGCACCUGCCCCUGGAGCUGCUGGGGGUGGACGCCUGUCUUCAGGUCCUCAGCUGCAUUCUGCUAGAGCACAAGGUCAUUCUUCAAUCCAGAGAUUACAAUGCUUUAUCAAUGAGUGUUAUGGCCUUUGUGGCCAUGAUUUACCCUCUGGAGUACAUGUUCCCUGUCAUCCCUCUACUGCCAACAUGUAUGGCCUCAGCUGAACAGCUCCUUCUUGCCCCCACUCCCUACAUUAUUGGCGUACCUGCCAGCUUCUUCCUCUACAAAGCAGAUUUCAAAAUCCCGGAUGAUGUGUGGCUUGUGGACCUUGACAGCAGCAAGGUUGUUGCACCCACCAAUGCAGAGCUGCUACCACCUCUUCCAGAGCCGGAAGCAUGCGAGCUUAAGAAACAUCUGAAACAGUGUCUGGUUAGGUUGACCGUGAUCACCCAAAAGCAGAUCUUCUCCUCUGAAAAUAAGGCCUUGGCCAGUAUGAGUUUGAACACCCAGCCCAUUCUGAACCUGGAGAAGUUCCAGGAGGGCCAGGAGAUGCCUCUGCUCCCACCGGGACGGGACAAAGCCUCACCGUCCUCCACAGAGUUCAACCCUCUGAUUUACGGCAAUGACGUUGAUUCAGUGGAUGUCGCCACCAGGGUGGCCAUGGUACGGUUCUUCAACUCCCCCAACGUUCUCCAGGGGUUCCAGAUGCACACUCGCACCCUGCGCCUCUUCCCCCGACCAGUGGUGGCUUUCCAGUCGCAGUCUUUUCUAGCGUCUCGGCCACGGCGCUCUAGCUUUGCAGACAAACUGUCCCACACGCAGGCGGUGGAGUUUUACGGAGAGUGGGCUCUGAAUCCCACCAACCUCGCCUUCCAGAGGAUACAUAACAAUGUGUUUGACCCGUCCUUGAUCGGAGAUAAGCCCAAGUGGUACGCUCACCAGCUCCAACCAGUGUCGUACAGGGUGUAUGAUGGGAGCUCCCAGCUGGUUGAAGCCAUGGCCGGUCCCUUGGAGGACGAUGGCAACGACUCUGAUCCCACAGACAGUGGAAGUGACAGUGAGGGGUACGAUGACUCCAGCUCAUCUUACUCCUCGCUCGGUGACCUGGUGAGCGAGAUGAUCCAAGGGGACAUCCAGGGAGAUACGCCCAGCUUGGACCCUCCGACCCACGCUGCACUGGGAGAUGCCAGUGAGGUGGAGUUUCAGGACUUCCAUGAAUUCAGGGAAGGUCCUGGCUCCGAGGGUCUACCUCUUGGGGAGGGACCGGCUGAAGCCUCCGAUGGACAACCGCUGCGCUCGAGCUCCAGCACAACCGCAAGCUCUAGUCCCAGUACAAUAAUCCAGGGAGUCAACAACGAGCAGGGGGAAGCGCCUGAAAUUGAAGCAUCGGCGAGCGCUGCUUUACAGAACCCUGUCCCCGCACUGGGCAGUCAGCCGUUCCUCAGGCCCCCAGCUGAUCCUGGCCUGCAGGACCCAGGCAACAAAAAGCAAGAGUAUGAUAACCCGUACUUUGAGCCCCAGUAUGGCUUCCCCGCUGAGGAUGACCCUGAUGCAGAGGAGCAAGUGGAGUCAUACACCCCUCGAUUCAACCAGAACCUCAAUGGCAACAAGACGCAGCGUCCUUUACGUCCCAGUAGCUUGAGGCUUCCAGGAGAGUCGGACGGGGAGGGAGACUCCCGCAACAGCUCGCCAAACUCCACCAUCUCCAACAGCAGCAAUGAUGGGUUCGGGGGCCUCAUGUCCUUUGCCAGCAAUCUGUACAAGAACCAUGGCACCAGUUUCAGUUUGUCCAAUCUCGCCCUCCCCAACAAGGCAGCGAGGGAUAAAUCCACUCCCUUUCCCAGCCUGAAAGAUUCCCCUGACAGCCCGGGCGCACGUGCACCGCGAGCACUCGUUGACCAGAAGUCGUCGGUGAUCAAGCACAGUCCCACAGUGAAGAGAGAAUCCCCGUCUCCUCAAGGUCGAGUCAACAACACGAGCACAUCAACACCGGCGUCGACCCUUAUGACCAAAAACUCUCGAAUUUCGUCGUCUUUCCACGUUGACAUCUUCGUCCUCUCUGAGAACCAGCAGUUCUUGAAGGAGGUGGUGCAGAGUGUCCUCGACGGCCAGGGGGUCGGCUGGCUCAACAUGAAAAAGGUCCGGCGUCUGUUGGAGAACGAGCAGCUCCGCGUCUUCGUUCUGAGUAAACUGAACCGAGCCGUCCAGUCGGAGGAAGACGCCCGACAGGAGAUCAUACGCGACGUGGAGGUGAGCAGGAAGGUUUACAAAGGCAUGCUGGACAUCUUGAAGUGCACAGUUUCCAGUCUGGAGCACUCGUACACAAACGCAGGCCUCGGAGGAAUGGCCAGUGUCUUCAGCCUAUUGGAAAUAGCACGGACACAUUAUCAAACCAAAGACCCAGAGAAACGCAAGCGAAGCCCCACAGACAGUGCUGGCAGCCCGGGGAGUAAAGAGAGUCCGUCUGGUCGUAUGGAGACGGCCAGACCUCAGGGCCUCCUGAAUGUUCCCCACCUGCAGCUGCCGCACCACCCCACGGGCAAGGGGGACCGCCAUUUUGAUACCCGGAGUCUGAACGAGGAGAACUUUAUUGCCUCGAUCGAAUUGUGGAGCAAGCACCAGGAUAAGCAAAAAGCUUUGGAAAAACCACAGAGGUCUGAAGGAGCAAAGCAGCAGCGCCCCCAAGUGGCCGACGCAGAGGAGAAGAAAUCCCAGAUCAGUGCGGACAGUGGCCUCGGUGUCACAUCUGGAUCUCAGAAGAGCGACACUGAGUCGGUAACGAGCUCGGAGCCACCGAUCCUGACCAGAACAACCAGCCAGGACUCAGAGGCCAGCACAGUGAUAAGCAACAGCUCGGGGGAGACUCUGGGAGCCGACAGUGACCUGAGCAGCACAGCAGGGGACGGCCUCGGGGGGAGGAGGACUGCUCAUCUGACUCAGUCCAGAGGGACGCUCUCCGACAGUGAGAUAGAAACCAAUCCAGCCACCAGCUCAGUGUUUGGGAGGACUCACACUCUGAAAAAAGGUGUCAAAGAUCCGGUCCCAGCUCAGUCGAAGGGGCCGCCUCCUCAGCCCAUGGAGGACCUGAGCAUGAGGAUUUACCUCUGUGAAGGCCUGCUUGGACGCGAUAAGAGCUCCGUCUGGGAUCAACUAGAGGAUGCUGCCAUGGAAACCUUUUCUCUAAGUAAAGAGCGCUCCACCCUGUGGGACCAGCUGCAGUUCUGGGAGGACGCCUUCCUCGACGCGGUGAUGCUGGAGCGCGAGGGCAUGGGGAUGGACCAGGGGCCUCAGGAGAUGAUCGAAAGAUACAUGUCGCUGGGGGAUCAUGACCGAAAGCGUCUGGAGGAUGACGAGGACAGACUCCUGGCUACUCUGCUGCACAACAUGAUAGCGUACAUGCUCAUGAUGAAAUUGACCACAAACGACAUCAGGAAGAAAGUGAGACGUUUGAUGGGAAAGUCCCACAUCGGCCUCACGUACAGCCAAGAGAUCAACGAGAUGCUGGACAAACUGGCAAACAUGAAUGGCCGUGAGUGGUCCAUCAGGCCCAGUGGAAGCCGUCACAUCAAGAAGCAAACGUUUGUUGUUCAUGCCGGCACCGACACCACGGGAGACAUCUUCUUCAUGGAGGUCUGUGACGACUGCAUCGUGCUGCGCAGCAACAUCGGCACCGUGUACGAACGCUGGUGGUACGAGAAACUCAUCAACAUGACGUACUGCCCCAAGACCAAGGUUCUGUGUCUGUGGAGACGCAACGGCCAAGAGACGCAGCUCAACAAGUUCUACACCAAAAAGUGUCGUGAACUCUACUACUGUGUUAAAGACAGUAUGGAAAGAGCUGCAUCCAGACAGCAAAGCAUUAAACCAGGGCCGGAGCUGGGCGGAGAGUUUCCCGUCCAGGACAUGAAGACGGGCGAAGGUGGGCUGCUGCAGGUCACCCUGGAGGGAAUCAACCUUAAGUUCAUGCACAGCCAGGUUUUCAUAGAGCUGAGUCACAUUAAAAAGUGCAAUACAGUGAAGGGAGUCUUUGUCCUGGAGGAAUUUGUUCCUGAAACUAAAGAAGUGGUGAUCCACAAGUACAAGACGCCCAUGGCACAUCAGAUCUGUUACUCCGUCCUCUGCCUUUUCUCCUACGUGGCGGCCGUGAAGGGGAAGGAGGCGGAAGGGAAACCCAAGAUCAUUUCGCCGAGACCCCUUCACAGCUAGUCCACACCUCCUCUCGCCCCCCCGUCCCCACCUGUCCCCCCCCCUCGUAUCGUCCUCUGUGUGCCUCUCUACUUGAAACGGCAUCUCGGCUCUUAAACCACAGACUUCUGACAAUCCAUAGUUUUACUCUAAGCACAUGAUUCCUGCCCCCCCUCCCCCUCCCCUCCAAGCCCCGCCCUCUCUCCCAUGUAUAUACAAGACCCUCGUUCCCCUUUUAGAUCUUCUUGUAAUGGCGUGUUUGCUCUGUGAUGUCAUGUAAAUACUUCCGGCUCCUGGUCGUUCUGAUGACUCAGCUAAAUGUUUCCUGCUCCUUAAACUCCAGAGACGUGACGACUCUCCUCCGUGAGACGUCUCCUGUCGCUCCUGCUGCCAAGACUGUACCACCCCCCCACCCUGAGGCACACAGUGCAUGCAGGUCCCGUGCACAGCCUUGACUUCUCCCAACCCCCCCCCCCCCCCCCCGUCUCGUCUCUGUACGACCGUGUGACUUGUUCUGUGAUUCCGUGGUUACUGUAAAGUUCCAGUCUGUUCCAAGUUUAAACUGGUGAAGGGGGGGGGGUAAACAGCCCUGUAAACGCUUCUGUAAACCGGAGCUCCGCAUGUACACGCUUCUCUCAAGGUGUUUGAACCCCUUUGGUCAUGUGACGUGUUCUCAGACGCGUGUUCUCCCGCUCGGCCGACCGGGCGGAGUUAACUGUUCCUAGUUCUGCUGUAAAACUUCUCGUCCGUGUUCUGUGAUCAGCUGCAUGUUCCCCUGUGACAAAUAAAUAUUAUAUAUAUAUAUUUCUAUAUAUAGUAUUUAUUUAAUAUAUACAUUUAUUGACUGUACAUUUCCCUGAAAAAAAAAAAAGUAAUGUUACCAAUUGUUCAUUUGCUAGAUGUGCAAUACUUGAUGAGUAGUUAGCCAUGGCCAGAGCUAGUGGAGUUCACUGGCUUUUCACGGGGUGGAGAAUGUAAGAUGUGAGAUUUCUUUUGUUUCCUUUUUGUUUUUUACGUUUCGAUUGAUGUGAAUGUGACGAUUCAAUGUGACAUGAGUGUUAAAGUGUUUGUCUUUUUAAAAGUGAAUCUGCUUCGGAUCACAAACAGGAAAAAACUGCAAAAACCACAGGGCGCUUUGCACUCAGGCCACGCCCCCAAACAGUGAUGUCACAGCAGGUGUUUCUUUAAAUGAGCGGCAGAGUUAAAACUUCAUUAUCUUUAGAUUAUGGAUAGUUGAUGUUAUCCAAUUGAAAAUCAGAGUUUAAAAGAAGUAAACUGGACCAAGUUUAACUUGUUAAUGAGAGAAAAUUGUUCGUUGUUCUUCCCGGGGGCAAGUCCCAACGCUCCACAAAAUUCCAUAGAAAUGGGUUCAGUAGAUUGAAAACCUGCUCAGCAAACGUAAAGAUGAUCCAAUAUAAUAGUAAACAAACUGUAACCAGAGUGAACAACAAAGAGAAACCAGCUGCUUUGACAUCACUGAAUCAAAAAGUGAAAAACAAACUUGGCCGACGUGUUGAAGCCGAAAGUUUGUUCUCCUGCUCCCUGCGGAAAACACACCGUCUCUAAAUGUCUCUGUUUUGUGUUAAAUCUGGUCCCAUUACAACGAGAGUGAGUGUGUUUGUGUAUUUGUGUGUGUGCGUUCCUGUGGUGAACAGUUUUCUCCUGAUCAGCAAUAUACAUGUAUCGGUACAGCCAUGUCACUGGAAAGAGGUUUUAUUUUGAUUCUGACAUGCUGGUAUUUUUUAGUAACUUAACUGUGUAAAAGGAAAAUGGAUCGGUGGGAUGUUGAUGAAAUGUUGUUCCUCUCAUGAAGUGACACCGCAUGUCGGUGUGAACGUGACCAAACCGGAUCUGAAGCUGGUGUGAAACCGGUUCGGGAACAGGACACGGCUCUUUCUGCUUAAGUUGAAGAGUUUUCUUUUGUUUAAAACUGGAUUAUUCCAGCUCAUCUCUUGUCAUUGUACUUGGCCAGCUGCUGUAACGAGAAGUCCCAACUACUGAGAUGCAAGGUGGAAGUAUUCCAGCAUCUGAAAAAGUAUUUAUAGAAUAUAUACAGCUUUGGCAAUAUAAAUAAAAGUUGUCCCAAAUGAG